AUGGAUUCCACGGGUUUGAGUAGCGAUGGUGCUGCCUACCGGUCUCGUGGGUACCAGCUUGAAAUGCUGGAGGCUAGCCGCAAGGAGAAUAUCAUCGUCGCGAUGGACACCGGGAGUGGAAAGACUCAUAUUGCUAUUCUUCGGAUUAUAGAUGAGCUUGAGAAAUGCAAUUCUCCAGACAAACUUGUUUGGUUUCUUGCCCCGACUGUGGCACUGAGCCUUCAACAACAUGAAGUUAUCACUAGCCAGAUCCUCUCUGUGAAAACUAAAGUUCUGACCGGUCUAGACAAUGUCGAUCGAUGGACAGAACAGGGUAUCUGGGACAAAGUGCUCAAGGAUAUUCGCGUGGUUGUCUCAACAUAUGCUGUCCUUGCAGAUGCUUUAGGCCAUGGUUUUGUUCGCAUGUCCCGACUUUCUCUCCUUAUUUUUGAUGAGGCUCAUCAUUGCACAAGACGCCACCCGGCGAACAAGAUUAUGCAAAAUCACUACCAUCCUACCCUGCUGAGGUCAGGCCCAAAUGCCGUACCUCGGAUCUUGGGACUCACUGCUAGCCCAGUGGUCCGUUCGAGCAAUAAAGAGCUUGAAACAAUCGAAUCCAACUUGAACGCAGUAUGCAGGACGCCGCGAGUCCACCGCACCGAGCUUUUGGAAAAUACCCAUCCCCCUCAUCUAGAGCGUGUCAAUUACAUACCUUUUGACGAAGCACAGUAUGGCUUUGGAAGCCGGCUGCUUUCAUCUCUCAUUAAAUGUUGUAUGGCCUACAACAUAGAAGACGACCCUUGGAUCGAAUCAUUACGGUCAAAAGAUCAGACUACAGAGCUGACCAAAGCUCUCACUACAGGUAAAACAUUCUGUAGUGAGCAACUGAGGAUCUUCCAGGCGCGCAGUCGUCACAUAUAUGAGGAGCUGGGAGGUUGGGCUGUUGACUUCUACAUCAGUGCCUCAAUUGACGAACUUCGGCGUUCAAUGCAAGAUGCUAGUGAGAUGUCACUUUUGGAUCAAAUGGAGAGAAUCUAUCUCUUGGAACUGCUGUUAGCAAUGCCUGCAGCAGACUCAGCCGAGGAGAGUAAUCACAUAUCCAUCAAACUUGAAAUGCUUCUCGACUUCCUCCAGAAAGCGGAUAAGCCUGGAUUUUCCGGGCUACUCUUUGCCAAGCAGAGAGCAACUGUCAGUGUGUUGGCUCGAAUUUUAUCCCUUCAUCCCAAAACCAGAGAUCGCUUCCAAUGUGCCGCGUAUGUUGGUUGGGCAAGUGAUAGAACCCGUAAGGGUUGUCUCGGUGACUUACUUCAUCGGGAUAUGCAGCGAGAUACCCUCGUUGAGUUCAGAGCUGGCCGCAAAAACCUCAUUGUCGCCACUGAUGUACUCGAAGAAGGAAUUGACAUAAGCGCCUGCAGUUUGGUUAUAUGCUUUGACAAGCCUGCGAACCUCAAGUCUUUUGUUCAGCGGCGUGGGCGUGCUCGUCAUAGAGAAUCUACAUAUGCUGUCAUGAUCUCAAAUGAGGAUGAGUUGUUAGCCCUUCAUAAAUGGCAGGAACUGGAGCAAGCUAUGAUUAAAGCGUAUCAGGAUGAUGAGCGGCAGCGUCGGGAAGUUUAUGAUCUCGAAGCCACCGAAGAGGAAGUCAACGAGAUACUUUGGGUGGAAAAGACCAGUGCUUUGUUGACUCCGGACGAUGCAGUGCAACAUUUACAUCACUUUUGCUCUGUUUUGCCUGUUGAUGAGUUCUCCGAUACCCGACCAAUGUUUACCUUUGAAGAGAACAGUGUGGGAUUGCUUUUGGGUACUGUCACACUACCAAACUCUGUGCAUCCGACGGUUCGACGAGCAAAGGGGAAGUCCUGGUGGCGGACAGAGCGAGCAGCCCGAAAAGACACUGCAUUUCAAGCCUACAGAGCCUUGUAUUUGUAUGGGUUGGUAAACGACAAUCUUUUGCCGUUGACACGAAAACCGGAGUUGAGGUUUUCGGAACAGACGACUCUCCCAUCCAUUAUCCCAGCCGCGGAACAGUAUGACCCUUAUAUAGAGCUUGCACGGGGCUGGGCUUCGGGCCAGCUAUGUCAGACACGCUUGAAGAUAUACAGCAAUGGUUCUGUUGAUGAAGAUCUGGCCGUCUCCUUAAUUUUGCCGAGGUCGACCCCGAUGCCGCACCCCAUCCCUCUCUAUUGGGAACCUGAAACCUCCUUGAGAGUCCACUUCGAUCCGCAAAUAUCGGAUUUUGAGACAACAGCGGAGAGAUUGGAUCAAAUGAGAAGGAUCACGGCCCUCUACCUACAAGCUCCCAGCUCGCGCCAGCGGGGAGACGACCGUGACUUCGUGGCUCUCUUUGUGCCUGAUAUCUCACAUGAACACCUGGAGGAAUGGCUUACGGUGUAUGAAGGAAAGGAGCCUGCAAUUGAAGCCUACUUGAGGAAUCCAACGUCGCCGCCUACGGGUAUCGUUCGUGACCAGUCCAAAUUCAGCGAGCCGCGGACGUUCAGUAGAUGGAUCGUUCCAGCCGAGGUAUCAAAGUCGUCGCCUAUUGAAAUCGAAUGCUUCUCACUCCCCCGUCGACGAAAUCUCCUUCAGGUGAGAGUCAUCAAUAUUGCCGAAGAUGGAGAGGCAGAUGCACCAAAGAAACCUUACAUUCUACCCGCUUCAGCCUGCGUCAUCGACAAGCUCCCAGCAAAACAGGGUCUCUUUGGGCUUUUCAUCUCUGCCAUCCUAGACCGGCUGGAGGCAUCUUUGGUCGCAUAUCGGUUGAACGAUACCAUCUUGAAAGGGGUCGGAAUCCAAAAUAUCGACCAUGUGAUCACGGCUAUCAGCGCGCCCAUUGCACAGGCUAGCACGAACUAUCAGAGAUACGAGUUCUUUGGUGACUCUGUUCUCAAAUUCACGGUUAGUUGCCAGCUCUUUUUCAGAAACACCAAGUGGCACGAGGGAUAUCUCUCGGAGAGCCGUGACAAGCUCAUCCAGAACACUCGUCUUGCUCGUGCAGCUCUCGACACUGGCAUUGACUCCUUUAUUCUAACCAAUCGGUUCACCCCUCGGAAAUGGGCUGCACCAUUGAUCAGGAACAAGCUGGACCCAUCAACGGCCAAGAGGAACAUUUCGACCAAGGUCCUGGCAGAUGUUGUGGAAUCUCUCAUUGGCGCAGCAUAUGUGGACGGUGGGAUCCGCAAAGCACAGGCCUGUCUCCAUCGCUUCUUGCCGGAGAUCGACCUCUUCACAAAUGAUAUCUCACCCCUUAUCCUUCCAGAAGGGAAAGGCGUGAGCAACUUAAUCGACCAGCACCGGUUGGCCGGUCUGAUUGGAUACACCUUCCAAGAUCCCGCCCUUCUAACAGAGGCGCUCACCCACGCAUCCUGCGAGUACGACACAUCAACACAAUCAUACCAACGCCUCGAGUUCCUCGGUGAUGCCGUCCUGGAUAUGGUCGUCAUGGCAGUGAUAGCAGCCCACCCCGUGGAAAUGGACCAGGGCCCGAUGACAUUACUCAAGCAUUCUGUCGUGAACGCAAACCUCCUCGCCUUCUUCUGCAUGGAGCUUUAUGCGCCAGACGAACAUUCCCGCACCACCCAAUUCGUCAACGGCGAUAUCAACCUUGCGCCGCACUAUGACCAGAUCCACCUGUGGCGCUUCCUCCGCUCCCAUGGCCCUAACAUCAAAUCCGCCCGGGAAGCUUGUCUCGAGCGACACGAAGUUCUCCGUGGUGAGAUUCGUGAAGCCCUGGAAAACGGGACCCAGUACCCGUGGGAAUUGUUCGCGCGACUGCGCGCUGAUAAAUUCUUGUCUGAUAUCAUCGAGAGUGUUCUCGGGGCCAUCUUUAUUGACUGCGGGGGCGAUCUGGAUGUGUGUCACGCAUUCGUCGAACGUAUUGGACUGGUUUGGUAUAUCCAGCGUGUUAUCGCCGACGGGGUAAAUGUUGUUCAUCCACGGAACAUUGCGCAAAACAUGGUGAAGGGAGCAGGUACACUGGUCUUUAAGAGGAAGAGGGUCGAGUCUGGGGGCGUGGCUACGUAUCGGUGCUCGGCGGUAGUGAACCAGACUGAGAUCGCGUUGGUGGAAGGUUGUGCUUCUGCCGAAGAGGCUGAGGUUAAGGUUGCCAAUGUUGCUAUUGAACAUUUGACGUUGCACCCGAUUGUUUCUGCAUGA